AUGUAUGCUGUUAAAGGAUUAGGGAAGGAUCAUGCAAAGUUCUCUCCUGUCGGUAGGUUAAGAUACACAUGUGCCAAAUCAGACCUACGAUUUUCGGAGGCUGUGUUUUUCAGAUCUUAUUAGCAAGAUAUUGCAAUUAUUGCUAAAAAAUUUUCCUUGGAAAAUUUGUUUGAAAACACAAAGCGUCCCCUAGAAUUUUUUGAAUGAAAGUAAGGCCACUCCAUUGCCUCGAUCUAUCAAUUAGACUCGUGAGAGUUAGCUAACAGUUUUCUUUCGAAUGGGACAAAGUACCUACUUAAGAUAUCGGGUCGUUUCGCCCGAUGGCAGUUCGCCUAGAUUAAGUCGAUUCACCCGAUGUAUAUAUGUCGUUCUUUAUCAUUUAAAAAGGGAAUAAGCAUGAAAAGACAGUGACUGCACAUGUGGAAUCUAAGGUUAACUAAAAUAACAUCUCGGACAAGAACGUUCACCAUGUUGUAGAGUGUUGUAUGUCAUAUGUCAUCGGGCGAAUCGACAGAAGUCCUGGCGAACACCAUCAAGCGAAUUGACUUUCGGACGAAACCACCGCAAUUCCAACCUACGACAUUCGACCAUCUUCCGUUUUUAGGGUAGCUCCAAAUUAACCAGAAAUUAACCAGAAUAGCAUCUUAAGCAUAGAAAUUACCUUUUGAGACCAUUCUGGCAUGGAAACAUUCGUUCGUUGGGUUCCCCUGUCAAAUGCUAUGUACGGGUCCGUUCCUUUAAUUGAGAAUCCAAAUUCGGAUUGUGAAAACUGGACAAACGGAUAUUGCGUUCCUGUACUGAAACGUAAAGUCGGAUUUUCAAUCUGAAGUUGUAUCCUUAAUUUUUUUUGUAUUAAACAGGUCUCCAACUGGGAGCUGCAAAUGGCAUGUUACACGAAUUUAAUGCCUUCAAUCCGUAAAGUUGUACGGGUUAUUAAAAUGCUUACGCAAAAUGACAAUAACUGUUUUUUUUUUAAACAUAGAUGAACAUUUUGAUCUGUUCUGUUGACAGCCACUGCCUCCUACAGACUUCUUCCAGAAAUAACAAUUACAAAGCCUUGUGAAGAUAACUUGGCAGAUAAGUUGGUCCGCUGUUUCUCGGAGGGUGUAAUAAAAGUGGAAAAUGAACACGGUAUGUUGAAAUGUUCUUAUUUCGGAAUACUUGAGCUUGAGCGAAGACUUAAUGAACUUAUCAUUUAUGUAUUACUCAUCUUGGUUGCUUACCACUUACACAAACUCUCCCGGUGGCAUAUCUUGUGCAUAAACGUGUUGGGAGAACGACCCUCUACAAAGUGCAUCCAAAUCAGCUAAAUAGACUAAAAAGAGUGGAAAAAUUGCAUCACCUCAAAUCAGAGCCCAUAUUUUCCGAAGCUUCCCAAACGAAAUGGUGCGAGCCAUUUCAUAAGUCUUAUUGGCUUCCAUGGGCGCUUUUGCCUCAUCUAUCUGAAUUUUGUGUAUUUAUUUAAUGUAAAUGUGGCAAAAUGAUAAAACAUUUGAUUUUGCAACUGGAAUUUCCAUUUUUAACAAUGUAAAUGGUAAGUACCCAAUUUGAAUGACGUUGACCUUUCCCUGGUCUUGCUAAAAGUUUGUGGGCUAAAGGUGGAGAGCGCUAUCAACUUGUAAAUAUCUAUCCGGUGGAUAACACUGUUGAUUUUCCUAAGUUUUAUCCACUGGAUAUUUUACCGGCGGAAAGAGCGAUCCACUUUUGAACAACUGGAACGCAUAAAAAAAUGUUUAAAAUUUUAGUCUUUUAGGCUAAGGACGAGUAAGAGAGAAGUUCGAGUUUUGAAGGUGUUGUGUGGGGAAAAAAACCUAUGAGAAACUAUUGCGUUCGGUUUGCUUACACCUGAGCACCAAAGCGAUGUUUUUUUCAUGUUCAAACUGUCGGCCAUUCUAUGGCCGAGCAGGAGACUGGCACGGCGUUGUCUCAAAUUGCACCACGGGACGUUUAUUUCGCUUUCUCCAUGUUUUUCGGUUAUUGCCAGGUUGCGCAGGACUGAACUGGCUCAAAAUUCGUUCUCCCAUAAAAUCCAUAGUGUAAUUUCGACACCGACCGAGUCUCACGGGCGCAACCUUAAAUUUGCUGCCGCAGUGUACGUGCCUUCAUUAUUCUAGCGUAGGCGUGGUCUAGACAAAGACUUAGGACCAUCAAAACGACGACAGCGACGUCAUCAAGAACGGCAAAAAAGCAACAGGUUUAGAUUGGCAAAACAACAACUCUGCACUUGCAUCAGGCUUUUUGCACAUUUCCUUCCCGUCACCGCACGACUACGACGUGAAAAUGCCUAAUUUCUCGUUUUGCGGAGGACGUGAACGUAAGACGACGACUUUCUUUUUCUUUUCCUGAACUUCGAUACAGUCUUUUAGAAUUCAACUUCAGAAAAAAAAAUUACCAACAUUUGACGAAUUGAACGAGUUGGAAUAAGCGCGAUAAAGUUUGAAGCAGCGCAAAUUCACUUUUUAAGUGAUGUUUUCGUAGCCAUCGCCGUCGUUGUUGCUUAAGCUCCCUAUUGUUGUAUUUCUGCCUUUUUAAGGUGGUUGGUAUCUGUCUUCUUCGAAUGGGGAGUCAGGCCCUUAAUGCACGCACAUCACACUUCUUACGUUAAUCGUUAACCAUCUCAUUCAACCUUGUUCGUAAGAGGAGGCCCUGUAAGCUGUGCUAAGUGAUUUGUUGUUUUCGUUUCAGGUGUAAAGCGGGCAGUUGUCGCCAAUCCAAGAAGAGAUACCUGCAGCAGGGAGGUUUUUAGACACGAGGUUAGUUCCUUUCCGAUGUACGUUUUUUUAAAUGGCCAAAAAGCUAUUUUUGUGCCCACGGAAUAUUUACCCACAGUGGUUCAGUUCUCGGCUUAGCAAUGAAGUCCUAAAUUUAUGAAGAAAAAACCUCACCGCCACUUGAAAAAAGGCCUAGUUGUUCGAAGGCCGAUUGACGCUAACCCAGGGUUAUUUUACCCCAGGUUUCUUUUUUUUUGCUCAAAAGUAUUUUCCUGGAUAAUUUUCUAGACUCUUUUCAGAGCAUCUUUUCAUCAAGUGAUAGACAAAAAGAAAAAACUGAAUUAUUUUUUUAAUUUUUCAUAUUUGAAUUGAAAUUUCGCACUAACCCUGGGUUAUCCUAACCCUGCUUUGAACAAUCCAGCCCAAAAUUUCGAACUGGCUCUGAGUACAAGUAUACGCAAUUUCAUUGUUUAGUUCUCGACGUGUGAUUGCCUAAUUUCAAAAUUUGUAACAAAAUUUUGUCUGGGUGGCCUCGGUUCGUUUGGUCGCACUGUAAUGCCACGUGCGAUACGUUACUCAUCAGUAAUCAUAAAGUAAAGCCGAAUCUUCAUUUGCGACCAUCUUUCUCAACCAGUCACCUGCCGUAGCCGAAUACAUAUCAAAAAACCAAAACAUUUGCUCUCAAAGAACCACAGACAGAACUCUCCUUAUGCGACCAACUCUUUGCCAGCGACUGCCACCACGUUUUUUGGGCUGUCAUUUCUACAUGUUCCAUUCUCUCAUACCUCACGUAAGCAAACAAGGCGCGAUCAACACGUAUCCAUUUUUGUUUGAAAAAGAGAUUUUUUCCUCCAUUUUGGCCUACCGUCCACACGUAUCCAGUGAAAACAGUCACCGAAAACGUACAGUUUCAAAAUCGCUCUCCAGAGUGGAGAUUUUUGAAAACCCUGUUUCGAUGUACUCGUGUGAAAACGAAGGUUUUGGAAACGAUUACGUCACGGUGUGGGUCCAGUCUAUCUUGCGCACGAGAUUAGGCGCCAACAUUUCGUGGGCUCACCACCAACAACGAGCUUGAUUUGCAUGACCAUACAAGUAAAUACAGUAUUGCAAAAGCUCUUUUUUGUUGAAGGACUAAAAUUAAAUCAAGGACAAUUAAGUUACUAUUUGGUGAUAAUUUGUCAUGAAGAUCAAAGCAAGCUGAAAUAUAUCUAAUGAAUUGUAUAUUAUGAAGUAAUCAGAGGAGUCCACCAGUUCAUUGCUCAAAACAUUUACAGGUAACUGAGUAAUAUUUGGAAUCAGAGCCUUGACUUUACUGUAGAAAUUAUUCCUAAUUAUAGAGUAUGUAGAAGAACAAUAUAGAAAGUGAAUUUCGUCUUCAAUUAAAUUGGAUCCACAAACAGGGCAAUGCCAAUUAUCUGAAGUAGUUUGAUUGUAUCUACCUAUUUCUAUCAUUAAUUUGUGAUUGUUUAUUCGUAGUUUUACUAAUGCCCUUCUCCCAGCUGUUCGUCUUGUUAAGUCUAGGUAAUUCGAGGUUCAGGUGCCGGUAAAUUGGCUCAGAUACCAGUAAAUACGCAUGCUUCAAUCAAAUAUGUAACAGUUUCAGGUCGUUUCAGUCACUAUUGCGUUUUCGUGCGGACGGGAAUAAACGAUUCAAAAACGCAACACGUGGACGAUAUGUUUUGAAAUCGGAGAAAAAGUCUACGUUUUCAAACAAAAACGGAUACGUGUGGACCCGGGCCUAACAAGAUCAUUAUACACUGUACGUUUUUGGGAAACUGCCCACCUACCCCUUCCCUAAGCCAACAUUUUGCCUUAAGUGAGAAGUAAGUGUUAAUGUUGGCUUAAGGAAGGGGCAGGUGGGAAACUAAUCCUGUUCCACUGCAUUUUGCCGAUAUUUGCUAAUACAUGUAUAUUAUAUCAGUUAUGGUUCGUUCCCUUGUUCUUAAUCAAAAGGUUUAUAUCCGCGAGGUAUAAAACGAAUGAUAAAGCUGAUUUCUUAUUCCAGGAAUUGAAGGAUCGAGUUAAACUUUCAAGGAUAAGAGACCAUUUUAUUUGUAAGUUCAUUUCAAUAUUCUAUAACCAACUCACAAGGAACGUCCCUGCACUCCCCCCCCGCCCUGCCAGUGACCUCACACAAGAUCGAGGCUUGGGUAAACUUGUCACCUUAAGCCUCGAGCUGGUGCAUUAGUUCUGUGGAAUGUAACAAGGUCCAUUGACGUGCUCUCCAGUUGUCAUGAUAACAUCUCAAAGGGUGAGAGUGUCACGUCCGGUCAUCGCAAAGGUGGGAGUUUGAAUCUCGCUGAGUUCUGAAUGACUUUUGAACUGCUCAAGUUAAGAAACUGCAAUGUUGUUUUAUUAUGUAUUAGCAUUCUUUGUCGUUAUAUCUGUUGUUUUGGGAAAUUUUAAACAAGAGAUCUACAUUGAAACGGUCGAAGUCAGAGAUGUAGGCGUUUAAGCAGACUGCGUUCUGCGCAAGUUACUUGUUGAUGCUGCGUUUUUUAUCUAGUUUCAGUCGAAUCUACUGGUGCUCUGUCCUCAGAUGUGCUUGUUUGCGAGGCCAUUAAAGUGCUACUGGGAAAAUGCAGACAUUUUCUGUCGGAACUGGACAGCCAUUGCGUGGAUACUUGA